AUGGCGACGACAAACAACGCAACUUCACCCGUCAAAGGAAUAACCGAGAAGGCGUUUCACGUAUCCCUUUGGAUUCUCCUUGCGACCGGGAUCACGGCCAACGCGUUCGUCAUCCUUUGGCGAUGUUGUAGAAAAAGCAGCGGCUUCUGUUUCCUCUCCGUCUUCAUAGUCAGUCUGGCCGUCGCCGAUCUGCUCUUCUGUUGUCACUUUAUGCUGCAAGAGGUGUUGCUCGUGGGCGUCGUCUUCAACGAAGACCGUCGAAAUCAGACGUUUAGUCAAGUAGACGGGCACGUGUGUCUUGCAAGUACGUUUACAUUCUACGUGUCAUGUAAUGCUGUUGCUCUCACGGCCACGGGCAUUGCUUUCUACACUCUUCUCGCUAUGAGAGGAAAGAAGACCGACAAAGCUCUCUCCGUCUUCAUCGUGAUCUGUUGGGUGGUUUCUUCCGCUCUGGCGGGGUGGGGAACGUCGAGACUCAACACACACUUUACAGACCACCAAGUGCAUCGAAAUAUGUCGUCAGAGAUGUACUCUCUAAAUAUCAUGUUUGGCUGCAUGGGAGACGUCAAUAUGAUCAUCGUUCCGACUAUUAUCGCGUCGUUAAAUUUCGCUUCGUCGACCAUUUGUAGCGCUCUGUACCUUUUGGUAUGCUCGACGCUACGGAAGUCGACGGUUGUAGACUUUGAGAACGCAGAGCUAAAGCAUUUAAAAGUGCGACUGGCCAUAAUCGCUCUGAUGAAUCUUGUCGGUUGGUGGCCGGCCUGUGCAUUGUACUGGUACUCCAUCAUAAGCGGUAAUAACGUUUUCAACGGACGCCUAGACCCGGAUAUAACAAAGCCCGCCUUUUUGUUAGCGGUCACGGUGAGCGCCACAAAUCCGGUUAUCUACACGAUUGCCUCCAGGCCUCUCCUCAAAUUUCUGAGGCGUAUUUGCUGUGUUUGUCUAAAUGGGGGUUCCGAAGAAAGGCGACCCUUUCUUGUCAGAUAUUUUGUUCUCAACAGAGAGGUCGACACUCGUUGGCGCACUUGUUGCGGAUUGAAGUGCGAAAGGCGCGAGAUGACAACGAUGAGCAACGACACCGAUCAGUCGUCAUUGUUUCCGGAGUCAACAAACCGUACUAUGCGAGUAGAGACCGAGUGCCCGGAUGAUUACGACAAAGAUGCUUGA